AUAAAUUAUGUUUAUCUGAAUAUUAUCCGCGUAUUGACAAUUUAAAAAAAAAAAACAAUUAAAAAAAAAGUAAUUAUAUAAAUUUUUUAAUUUGUUAAAACAAUGACAUUUCACUGUGGCAAAGUAUUACUUUUUAUUCCUUUCCAAUAUUAGAGCUUUGAUGUGUUUUACCAACAAGAAACUGUUGGUAAAAUAGUUCUUCCGGUUCAGUGUAACUCACGACCCUAAGUAAUGGUUGAAUCUCAAACGCGUUUGUACUCCCUCUGUAUGCGCACUAUGUGUCCUGUGAAAUAAAUGUCAUCUGUGCCCUACGUAGUGCUCUGUAUGUCCAUUAGGUGGCAUUUUGGCUCUUAUCCCGCACGCGCGCUGUGCUUCAGACGCUAACAUGGCUGCUUUGAGGAGAUGGUGCUCUACUGCUGCUGUUGCUGCCACCAGCAAGGGUACGAGAUGGGAGAGACUGUGGAACAGUCGUGCAGGUGUGUGGUGCCGCAGUCUUCUGAGUGACUAUAAGGAAGCUUGUCGUGAAAUAUUUGUUGGAGCAUAUGAGCGCCCUUUCAAAGCCAGCCUUUAUGUGGCCUUGCUUGGAGGUGCGUAUGGCUGUUACUACACCAAUCCAGACGACACAUCCUUCCAGUCUAGAAUACUAGAGACCUCCAACCAGCUCGCCCUCCUCUCUCCGUGGAUCCGUAGUGGCACGUCGGAUGGACAUGUGCAGAGCUUGGCCAAGCUGCGUAACGAGGGCCGUUUGCGAUACGUCAGCCUGGGCAUCAUCUCGUUGGCCUAUGUGGCGGACUACGACCCCGAGACCAGCCUGUAUGAGGCACGGUGCUCUGCGCUUUCUGUGCCGUGGGCGCAGUUGCGUGAACGUGUGCUGGACGUAGGCUUCGCUGGGCGCUGGUGGGUGUUGGAAAAUAAAAUGGAGAACUAUGAUAUAAAUGAAGAGGAGUUCAAGCAUCUCCCACCCUCCCUGCUGGCCACAGCAGCCCCUACAGCACAGGAGACCGAAAGAAAUGAGAGACUGCACCAGGAGUCCUGGAAGGCACUGGUGAUGGAGGGAGAAGAAGACAUGGACAGUAGGAAGAAAAGUGGGGAGGUAACAGGGGAAGGAAAAGAGAUCAGUACAAAACAGGACAUUUAAUAUGGUUUAUGUGUUGUGAUAAAGAACAAUUGCUGAUUUAGAUCUGUGGACAUGUCAUGUAUGAACAAAUGAAUUUGUGUGUAUCGGCCUGGAAGGACAUUUCUGAACUCUCCUAUUUAUUGUGGUGCUGGAGCAAAACGUAAGGCUGCCUAUCACAUAUUACGAUGAUAUCUUCUGAGAAAAUGAAACUUUUAAAACGUUGACCAACUUGC